AUGGCGUCUCAAAACAAGAUGAAGGCGUUGCAUUAUGACGGACCAUUCAAGGUCUCGAUCAAAGAGAUUGAUCUGCCGAAACUGCUUCAUCCAGACGACGCUAUCAUCAAGGUGACCACCUCUUGCAUUUGUGGCAGUGACCUGCACAUGUAUCAGGGGCGGACAGCUGCAGAGUCAGGCCUGGUAUUUGGGCAUGAGAACAUGGGUAUCGUGGAGGAGCUUGGCUCGGGUGUCACACUGCUAAAGAAGGGCGACCGCAUUGUUCUACCGUUCAACGUCGCGGACGGCCGUUGUCAGAACUGCGAGGAGGGCAAGACGGCAUUCUGUACUGGCGUGAACCCAGGUUUUGCAGGCGGAGCGUACGGUUACGUCGCCAUGGGUCCCUACCAAGGUGGUCAGGCACAGUACCUGCGCGUCCCCUACGCUGACUUCAAUGCCCUCGUCCUCCCACCUGGUACCGAACACGAAGCAGAUUUCGCUCUCCUCGCUGACAUCUUCCCAACUGGGUGGCACGGCCUAGUACUCUCAGGAUUCAAGCCGGGUGAGAGCGUGGCGGUCUUUGGUGCAGGUCCGGUCGGUUUGAUGGCGGCAUACUCUGGUAUCAUCCGUGGAGCCAGCCAGGUUUACGUAGUCGAUCAGGUGAAGGAGCGACUCGAUGCUGCCAAAAAGAUUGGUUGCAUCCCUAUCAAUUUCACCGAAGGCAACCCAGUGGACCAGAUCAUCAAGCACAAUGGUGGCAUGGUUGAUCGAGCAGUCGAUGCCGUCGGCUACCAAGCUGUGGACAAGGGCGGCAAGAAAGAGGUGCCAAACGUUGUGCUCGACCAGGUUAUCAUGGUUACGAGACCCACAGGCGGCCUCGGUAUCCCUGGUCUAUACGUUCCAGCGGAUCCAGGCGCGCCAGACGAGCAGUCAGGCAAAGGCCAGAUCCUCAUCAGCUUCGGCAAGCUCUUCGAGAAGGGUUUGAGCUUGGGCACAGGACAAUGCAAUGUCAAAGCCUACAACCGCUACCUGCGAGACCUCAUCAUUUCCGGCAGAGCCAAGCCAUCGUUCGUGGUAUCGCAUGAAGUGAGCUUGGACGAUGCGGUGGAUGCAUACGAUAGAUUCGAUCGUAGGGUGGACGGAUACACCAAGGUGCUGCUUCAUCCCAAUGGACCGCUGAAGUAG